GCCGGGAGCUGGCGGCGGCCGGAGCGGGGGCAGGUGCGGGAGCCGCCCACCGCCGCUGCCCCGCCAGAGCCCCCCGGGCCCUAUGGUGCCGCGGCGGGACCCGCAUCCCGCUCGCCGCCUUCCGACGGGCCCCGCGGAGCGGCGCGGGGCAGCGCAGCCCGCCGGCCCCGGGAAUCCGCGGGCAUGAGGAACCUGCCGAUCCUCCUCCUCUCGCUCUGCUGGAGCCUGGGGCGGGUGAAUGGUAUCCAUCCAGAAUGCAGAUUUCAGCUGGAGAUUCACAAGGAGGAAACAAGGUGCAUGGAACUUCUAAAGAAUGCGAAGCCAGUGGACUACAAGGGAUGUGUUGGAGUUUGGGAUAACAUCACCUGUUGGCGUCCUGCGAAGAUUGGAGAGACUGUCACUGUCCCUUGCCCAAAAGUGUUUAGCCUGUUUUCUGGCAAACCAGGAAAUAUUAGCAAAAAUUGUACAAGUAAUGGAUGGUCAGAUAUUUUCCCUGACAUCUUAAGUACCUGUGGAUAUAAUGACUAUGAAGACGAUUACAAGGUCAACUUCUAUGUGAGGGUGAAAGCAAUUUAUACCCUUGGACACAGCGUAUCUCUGAUUGCUCUUACAACAGGAAGUAUAAUUCUUUGCCUUUUCAGAAAACUUCAUUGUACUCGGAACUACAUCCAUCUGAACCUGUUCCUCUCUUUCAUUCUAAGAGCAAUCUCUGUUCUAGUCAAGGAUGAUAUUCUCUAUUCCAGCUCCAACACAGCUCACUGUCCAGAGGAUCAAACUUCAUGGGUGGGCUGCAAGGCAAUUUUGGUAUUUUUUCAGUAUGGUGUCAUGGCAAACUUUUACUGGCUCUUAGUUGAAGGACUUUACCUCCACAUCCUCCUUGUGCUAAUAUUCUCCCCCAACAGACACUUCACAAUCUACCUGCUGAUAGGAUGGGGAAUUCCUACCAUAUUCAUUAUUACGUGGACAGUGACACGGAUCAUUUUAGAGGACACUGGUUGCUGGGAUACAAAUGAGCAUGGUGGUCCCUGGUGGGUUAUACGAAUACCAAUUUUAAUUUCUAUUAUAGUCAAUUUUAUACUUUUCAUUAGUAUCAUAAGAAUCUUAUUGCAGAAGUUGAGAUCUCCAGAUGUUGGAGGAAAUGACCAAUCACAGUACAAGAGACUUGCAAAAUCCACGUUGUUGCUUAUUCCGUUAUUUGGAGUUCACUACACAGUGUUUGCUCUAUUUCCUGACCGCAGUUCCAAUAAUUAUAAAAUAAUCUUUGAGCUGUGUUUGGGAUCUUUUCAGGGUUUGAUUGUUGCAGUCCUGUAUUGUUUUUUGAACAGUGAAGUGCAGGGGGAGCUGAAAAGAAAAUGGCGUAGUUUGUGUUGGAAGCAGACGGCAGGACGGGAUUACAGACUCCACAGCUCUUCGAUUUCUCGAAAUGGAUCAGAAAGUGUUUCUCAGCUCCACCGGAAUUCAAGGGCUCACUCAUUCAUGCAGACAGAGACCACCAUGAUAUAAAUGAGCUAGGUCCCUCAAAACGUGAAAAACUGUGGAAUAUAUCAUUCAUUAUGCAGCUUGAUGUGACAUUUUAUAAAAUGUACAGUUUAGUGCUUUGCUUUUCUACAUGUUGGAAUUUGGGAAAUUGGUUUGUGCAGCCGACCUGUUAAUAAUAGAGAAACCUGCCCCAUGGAUGCUUCCUGUUUUGUUUAAAUGGUGUUCAUAUUAAUUCUGAUGUUCUCUUGCAGUUUACUGGCCAUAAGAAUUCAGAAGCUCAUUUUCCAUAAUGAUCCCUUUACCCUCCAGUGUGGUUCCAAGACUGAUGCAUGGUAUCCUGCUCAGUGCAGACUGCUUUGGCACAUGUUGUAAGGGUUAAGAUGGGAAGCAGGAAAAUUUCUUACACUUUGUUUAUACUUAAGGAACAUUUAUUUCCUUAAGGAUAAGGGUAUUCUUUUUUAAGUAUGGAAAGUACAAUAAAAAUAAAGAAAUCUAAGACUAUAAUUAACCACAGUGGGAGUUCAGGGUGCUAAUCCAGGAAAUCAUGAACAUUAUUUAUAUAGAGAGUAAAAGGCAGUACUUCUUGGCUAAUUAUACAAAUUUCAGAGAUUACUUUCUACAGAAUUUGAUUCUAACCCUGUGGUUACUUUCAGAAGUGCCUAGUUUUAAGUUUAGGUGCAGAAAGUAGGGCUACCUUUGCAGUCCUACAGAAAAGAUGACUAUAAUAAUUUUGAUUAAAACUUCGGCAGUUUCCAGUAGUGAUGUUCCAAUCACCAGUUGUUCUCUUCUGUUUAAUGUCAGAGGUUUCUGUCUAUCUUUCAUUAUGCAAUUUUCUAAAGAGGUGUUUUAUUGCUCAAGCAGCCUCACAUAGGAAUUACAGCCUUGGAUAGCAUAUUAACCAUUGAAAAUACCAUUUUUAUAUAGUAUUUUCAUUAAAAUAUGUCUCUAGACCUACAUAAUUGGCAGCUAAAACAAGGAAUAUUGCAAUGACAUUACAACUCCUAUUUAAGGAAUAAAGUAAAUUCUUUUCAUUUUAUUUAAUUCUCUAUCUAUCUGAGAUGAUUUAAAAUUUAGUCCUGACCAAAUUCUAGACCAAAAAAAUUAGGCAGAAUCCCUAAAAAUUACCAUAAAAGGCAUAAAGAAGAAAUUCUUAACAAUACCAAGCCUUUAUGCAGCCACUUUUUUUUUUUAAAGAGAUAGAACUCGCAAAGUAUUACAAAAAUACCCAGAACAUUUACACUCUUUAAAAGGAAUAAUCCAAAUGACGUUUAUUUCUCAUGUUACUUUUAACCAUGACCACCCUUCAUAACAUGUGGGAAUAAUACAUAUUUGCAUGAGUGCCUCCAUAAAAGCAAUUGCCCUUUUAUUUCAGACAACAGAUUUUACGGAGCUGGCAGAAUUUAAGGUCCUGACAGAUAAAGGCAAGAACAUCAUCAAGGGCAUGUCUUGGCAGGCAUACAUGUACAUUUUUGAAAAUAUUACCAGCACUGGGAAUAUUGUCAGCAGCUGUCAAAGUGUCCCUACAGCUCUGAUUUAAUCUAGCUAUUUAUCAGUCAAACACAAUUUAUUUUCAUGGGAUUACCCUGGAGAAAUACAAAGUUUUGUUGGACCAAAGACAGGAAAGGCCUCAUGACUCUCACGAGUUCUGAAGAACAGGUAAUGUAGUAAAAUCGCAUGACACCAGCCUUUACCCAGUAUCCUAUGAGUUAAAAAAAACCCUGCUUGAUGAAUUGCCACUUUGCCAAACUUGACUUUAAAGAAGCUAUCAAUCACCUCCAGUCAUUCAGAGUGUUUUCUGCUGUCAACUGGUGAAGUAGCUGUGAGACUCUAGAUGGAAAUGGGCUGCACAAGGGCAGUCCCAUGGAGGUCUAAAGAUAAACCUCUACUAUAUAUUUAAACUAAAAAUAUUCCCAAAGGCUUUAUACUCAGAAACCAUUGCUUAACUUUAGUAAUUUUCCUGGUUCUCUGAACUACCUUAUCACAAACUCUUAAUUGCAAAUAUAUUAAGAUCCAUUGGAACUUUAGGGGUUGCUUCCAUACCUAAAUUAAACAUAUCUGUGCACUUCAGGCGUCUUUGUCUGAAGUGACAUUGUGGCUGCCCAGCUCCCUGAGGUGUGAUGUGCAGGAUGUUCUUUUUUUCCCCAGAUUUCAAGGGUAGAAGAGCACAUGUGACAAGCAUUCAAAAGUGCUCAUCUUUUUGCUCCAGUGAGGUUAUAUGAGUGAGUUGACACACAGACAGAAUGAUGGUGUAGAAACAGAGGUUUCAAGCAAUCAUUUCCAUCAGUCUGUUCUGCAUGAUGCAUCACCAAUUACACGUGUUUACAAUACAUUGUAUCCUAGAGAAAACCAUCUUUGUUCUAAUUAGGUGAGCAUGGAGAAAAUCUGCAUUUAAUUAUUUCUGGAUUAUAAAACAGAAAAGCCUUAAUAAGAAAACACAUCCUAAGUUGCAACGAAACAGCAUUGUGUCCUUUAACAGGUUGCAGAUCCAUUUGGACUUGAUUCUACUUUUCACGUAGGGUGUAAUGCCAUAUGAGACAAGUUGCACCAGUGGGAGAACAUAGAUGGUAUCACAAAGUUUGAAAAGGACUAUAUGGAUGUGCAAAGAAUGGCACACAGGGAAGAGAGGUGCUGCAGACAUUUUCCUUUCACACCAGUGAAAGGUAUAGGACUCUGUAAAGCCUCAUCCCUCUACUGAUAAUCUAAAUACAGAAAAGAUGCUUUCUGAAAGACAGUAACUUCAUAGUGCUUUGUGGAAGCAUUAUCAUGGCAGUAAAGGCCCAGAGGGCACUGUGCUCACUUGUUUUUACUCCUCAAAAAUUUCCGAUUUCCAAACAAUUUUAUGCAAAGUUACAUCAACCCUAUCAUCACCUGUUUGACUUUCAGCUACCUUUUCAUGCACAGCUACACAUCAUAUUGAAAUGUAUGUAAAAGGUGCAGAACAGUUUGAGAAAUCUAGAACUUGGUAAGUAUUUUGCAUCUUUACAACAACCAGAACAACACAGCUUCUCAUAGCUUUGUCUUUCACUGCAUUUUGCACAGGAGUAUGGAACUAAAUACUUUUGCUCUGUGCUAUGGUGACUCUUAAGAGUCAAAAGAACAAUGCAAGGAAACAUCAUUUGGCUUUCUGUCAUCCCCAAAUCUAGAUCGUGCUCAUUUCCAGAAGCAUCAGGGGAGGAAGCAGAGGCAGUAAAGAAGAAUAUCCUUUCUCUGCACAACCUUGGCCCAUAAUUUUCCUUCCUUUCUUUAUUCCUUUACCUCCUUUCCCCCUUUGGUUGCAUCAAGGUCCAAGCUGAGUUGUAAAGUUUUCAGAGCAGGAAACCUGGGGUUUUUUUUUUCCCUACUGAAAAGCCAGUAGCACACCUCAUAGUUCUGAACAAGGAUGAUAAUACAGCUCACUCUCUGGUACUGUGGUUAAUUGCACUUUACCUUCCUUGGAGGUGCCACUCAUUAUGAGUGAUUUCUGUCAGCAUUAACUGCUGCUGGUGCCUGAGGAGCACAGCAACAGUUUGCUCUCUAGUUACCAACCAUGAUUAAAAUCUAAAUAUAUAGCAUUGACUUCAGUUUUCCUCUGCUGAGUCUGUUUCAGCCAGGUGCUCCAUAAAUGCAGGUGAAAUUCAUCUGCCAUGGUUUCGGUAUCUGAAAGCUGGAUAUCUGUCUCUGAGUUAAAGAUUCCUUUUAAGUGCCUUCCAUAGUCAUCUUAAGGAAAUAGGCACUAGUUGAAGAUUAUUCAUUCCACAUUCAGCAGGGUAUCUAAGGUGGGUAAGCUGGAUCACCUUUUUUCCUGUAUCCACUAUAAAAUGAGCCCAGGGCAUCUGGCUAGUACUUAAAUUAAUCACUCUACAUCUAAAAUGAGGCAAGAUGAAUCUCUCCAGAAGAGAUCAUUCAGUUGUCUUGGUAAUAGUGCCCAGAUACUCCUUUUUAAGCCACUAACUUGGGUUGGCCAAAGUUAUCCUCCAAGAAAUGUGCAGUGUAAUUCAAAAUUUCAGGCAACGGAAGAUCCCACCAGCAGUGCUGUUUUUCACAAAAUUUUAAGAAUUUGACAUCUUUAGGAAGUGCUCUGUGCUGGAGUGCAUGAGAACCCAACACACUGCCCCUGAAGGGCAUGGUGAUGGGUCCUGGGGGUAGCCAGCUGAAGAACUACCCAGUUUAAGCAUGUAUUGGGACUGUACUGCAGCAGCAAUACCCAAAUGGUAGUGAAUAUCAUUACAAAAAACUUUCUAUGGUCAAGCUGGAGGCAGCCCACCCCAUUCAAAAGCAUCUGCUUCAUGUCUCGAUUCAGCCCAGGCAGCUUCCCUUUGCCUUUAACCUGGUGAAAGGGAAAGCAGCAGACACAGACCCUUAGCAAACCAGAGACUCUCUGGGACAGAUUUAUGAAAUAAAGCAUUGGCAGGUGCAUGUGUCACACACUCUAUGUGUAAUGACUGAGAUGAAUCAUCUGCAUCAUUUGCCUCCUAUUUUUGUAAGUUCUAAAAAACAUCUUCUGUUGACUGUGAAUUUACCCAGUUCAGCAAAGCAAAGGGGGGUAAAGUCCACAUUCACUAUAUACGGAUUUUUUUCAGACAACCCUAAUGAAAAAUCAAGGAAUAAAUAUGUCUGAUAAAAAGGAAGAACCAGCAAGUAACCUGCAGAGAAAUCUGCUGUGUGUAGGAGGGUUAUUGUCCAAGCAGUUACUGUCCGUGCAUAGUCAUACAGGAAAUACUUUUACUAACAAAAAUACCUUCAUGUUACCAUGAGUGCCUAUACAAGCCCUGGACUCUCAGUACUACCCUGACGUGACCAAAUAGCAGAAGUUCGUAUGCAGUGCUAUUCUAUUGAUGAAAAAUAAAAUAACAAAAGGUGUUCUAACAUGUAUGUUACAAGAGUACAUCAGGAUAACAUUUAAAAGGAGCAUUCUGUAGUAUGGUUUAAGCACUCUGUGUUGAAUCUGCUUCUGCCCAGUGAUAACAGUAAAUAGUUCAAUCUAAGUCAGUAACAUUUCCAUUGUCAGCUAGAACAGUGACUGAAAUGUCCCAAUCCCCUCUAUUGCCCUAAGCACUGUAACAAGUUUAUGAUAUCCUGCAGCUUUUUUUGUCAUGGUACAUUAGUAUUACUUUGCAAUUCUCUUUUGUCGUCUUUGUUGAUACCUUUUUAGCUGUCAAGUAUGGUAAAAAUUAAAAAUUAUGUAAAUGAAUGUGAUUAUUUUUUACAAAAUGUACAGACUAUGAUGUUGUAUAGAUUAAUGUGUGUAAAUAGAUUUCAUACUAUAAUUCACUAUACUUUUCUUCUGGUUUUGCUCUUAUUUUCUUUUCUGGUUUCAGUUUUUAAUGUCACAUACCUAACAGCCUUCUCUGAAAUGUUAUAUAUAAAGCUGUGAACAAAUAAGUGUUUACAUCUUUAUGCUAUUAGAGAUAAUAGUUAAUAACACCAUAAUGGACUGAAGAGGAAUCAGAGAAUAAAACUUUUAAAAGUUUUGCACAAA